CAUAUCCUGCUCACUGUAUAUAAAUAUACUCAUAUCCUUCUGUGGCAAACUACUCAAAUCUAUUAUUACAAAAUGUCCGGCAGAGGAAAAGGAGGAAAAGGUCUAGGAAAAGGUGGCGCUAAGAGACACAGAAAGAUUCUAAGAGAUAACAUCCAAGGUAUCACUAAGCCAGCCAUCAGAAGACUUGCCAGAAGAGGUGGUGUCAAGAGAAUCUCCGCUUUGAUUUAUGAAGAAGUGAGAGCUGUGCUCAAAUCGUUCCUUGAAAACGUGAUUAGAGAUGCUGUUACCUACACUGAGCACGCCAAGAGAAAGACCGUCACAUCUCUGGACGUGGUUUACGCUUUGAAGAGACAGGGUAGAACCUUGUACGGUUUCGGUGGUUAAUGUGUUUUAUAGGGAUAAUUUAAUGAAAUAUCUGGUGCAAGGAUUAUGCGG